UUUUCCAUUUUAUAUGCAAACUUGGAGAAGGCGGUGAGUGUAUAUUUCAUAAUUAAACCCCAACACGCUAUCCUAACCUACUAGUCUAGUCUAGCAGUCUUUCCCUUUAGAGCACCUAAUUUGUAUCGGAUGGUCUCCUAAAAGCGGAGGGAGUCGCCCAAGUAAACAUGAAUGGCCAAACUUCCUUUGGAAAUUUUGAAUGCCGACGGAAAUCCGAAGCUUUUAUACCAUACCCUCCAUGUCCCGCCACCUGAAGAUCUCUCCACAUCAAAUUAUAGGACACUUUUUCCUUUCGAUAUGGCCAUUUAGCUCAGCGUGAAUAAACUACAUUUCAACUACUAAAUGCGGCGGACAUACCAGGCCACCGCUGUCAACAAUCACCAAUUACCACUGAAUUUUGACUAGAAAAUAUUUACGGACAGAAUAUUACAAGAAUUUGCCAUUGAAAUCCAGUUUUGUUUGCAGUUUUUGGAUAAGGAUUUGUGCAAUGCUUUAUUGAGGUAGAAGGGGAGGUAAUACGCUUUUUGAUUCGUCUCGUGUGAUGGAAGGCGCGUCUGGAUCAGAUGCGUCAAUUAAGGGAUUCAGGUUUUUCGAUGGCACUGGAUCGAUGGAAACAGUGGCAUCGAGUUCAGGAGAGAAAACGGGAGUGGAGGUUCCUUCUUCUUUGGACGCUUUAAAGAACACGCCAUCGAAUAUUGCGAGGUUGGAAGACAUAAUCGAGCAGAGCAAAGCGCGACACAAAUAUUUGGCACGGACCAAGAGUCCUUCAGAUGGGGACGACGUGCGGUGGUACUUCUGCAAGGUUCCUCUUGCUCCCAACCAAAUAGCCGCAUCAGUUCCCAAAACGGAGAUAGUGGGAGAGGGUGAAUAUUUUCGUUUUAGCAUGCGAGACUCUCUGGCAUUAGAGGCUUCUUUUCUACAGAAUGAGGAGGAAUGUCUUUUUGCCUGGUGGAAGGAAUAUGCAGAAUGUAGUGAGGGCCCGGAUGGAAGUGGAAGUGUAACAAUUACUUCACGUGGAAUUGAACCCAAAUCAAGCAAUGUCUCAGGGCAAAAGUUACAAUGUAGUUCAGAUUCAGCACUUAGUUCAGGUGAACUCUAUGGCAAUGCUGAAGAGGCAGUAGGAGUACCUGUGAAAGGAGGGCUUUAUGAGGUUGAUAUAUCAAAGAGGUAUUGCUUUCCUGUUUAUUGGCAUGGGGAAAAUAGACGUGUUUUGCGAGGUCAUUGGUUUGCUCGCAAAGGAGGUUCUCGAUCAGAAUGGUUGCCACUGAGAGAAGAUAUUGCAGAGCAACUUGAAUUUGCAUACCGUAGUCAAGUAUGGCAUCGUCGGACAUUUCAGCCAUCAGGCCAAUUUGCUGCCAGGGUUGAUUUACAAGGUGCUACUCAGAGUUUGCAUGCCCUUUUCACUGGAGAAGAUGAUACUUGGGAGGCAUGGCUGGGUGUAGAUUCAUCCAGUUUAUUGCUUGUAAUUGGUGUUAGAGGAAACGGAAUCAAGUUGAGACGGGGUUUUGCUCCAUCUGGUUCACCACAGCCAACACAGGAUGAAUUACGGCAACAGAGAGAGGAAGAAAUGGAUGACUAUUGUUCACAGGUUCCAGUGCGACACUUGGUAUUCAUGGUUCAUGGCAUAGGCCAACGGCUAGAGAAGGCCAAUCUGGUGGAUGAUGUGGCUACUUUCCGGCACAUAGUAGCAAGCCUUGCUGAACAGCAUUUGACAAGCUUUCAGCGCAACACUCAGAGAGUUCUUUUCAUUCCUUGCCAGUGGCGGAGAAGUUUGAAACUGCAAGGUGAAGCAACAGUUGAAAAAAUUACCUUGGAGGGUGUGCGGGGCUUGCGAACUACUUUAAGUGCCACUGUUCAUGAUGUACUAUAUUACAUGAGUCCAAUUUACUGCCAAGAUAUAAUUGACUCGGUGUCUAACCAACUAAACAGUUUGUAUCUGAAGUUUUUGAAAAGGAAUCCUGGCUAUGAUGGGAAGGUUUCCAUCUAUGGCCAUUCUUUGGGGAGUGUUCUCUCCUAUGAUAUUCUUUGCCAUCAAGACAAUUUGUCAUCUGUCUUUCCCAUUGAAAAUAUUAAUCAAACUGCAGUGCCUAACAAAGAACAAGUUGAUAGGGGUGAUUCUUUUUCUUCGGAAAUUUCAGCAGGAUCUCCUGCCAUUUCCAAGUUAAAAGAGAAAAAUGGUAAUGCAGGUGGAAAUUCUUCAAAAGAGGCUGGGAUAGAGUCAAAAAAAGAAUCAGAAGCCAUUUAUGUGCCUGAAGACAAUGCUAUAGACUCCUUAUGUAAAGAAGGAACCACAGAGUAUUCAAAGGAGGCUACAGUUGAGUUAAAAGAGGAACGUCAGAUUCAUAUUUCUUCUCAACAGACAACAGAUGAGGCAGCGCAACACAACAUGGCUGUUGGUGCUCAAGAACAAGCUAUGUUGGAGCCAAAGGAGCAAAUGGAGGUUUUAAAUAAUGAAGAUGUAGCAGGCACUGAAGUUUCUAUGCCUGAAAUAUUUGUUAACAAUAUGUGCAAAAAUCCUGCUGAAGUUAUCAAGUCUUUAAAAGAAGAGGUCUUGUCUCUGCAAGCAAAGAUCAUGGAACUUGAUGGGAAGCACAAAGUAAAUGAGACUUCUGUCAUAACUGUAAUAGAUGACAGACCAUUAUUAUAUUCUCUGGAAAAUAGUGAGGUUGUUGAUGAUUCCACGGUGGGAGAAGACAAGUUAAAUUGUAGGACAUUAAAAAAAGACAGAGAAAACAAUAGUAUAAAAGGAGUGGAAUCAGGGAGAAAUUACACUCCUACUAUCAAAUACACAAAACUUGUCUUUAAGGUUGACACCUUUUUUGCAGUUGGUUCUCCACUUGGUGUGUUCUUAUCUCUACGCAAUGUCCGUAUUGGAACAGGUAAUGGGCAAGACUAUUGGCAAGAUGAAGGAAUAACAGAGGAAAUUCCAAACUGUCGGCAAAUGUUUAAUAUAUUCCAUCCGUAUGAUCCAGUUGCAUAUAGGGUGGAACCAUUGGUAUGUAAGAAUUAUGUUGAUAAACAACCCGUUUUUAUUCCUUAUCACAAGGGUGGAAAACGAUUGCACAUUGGGAUACAGGAAUUUCGUGAAGAUAUAUCCAAUCGUUCCAAGGCUUUUUUGAAGCGCUUGAACUCCGUGAAGACACGUGUGGUUCAUGCUGUUGGUGCUCGCAGAAUUCAGAAAGAUGAAGAUAAGGAAAAUAGUCCAAAUGAAACAAGUAUCAAGACAUAUGGAUCAAAAAUGAUGGAGAGAUUGACUGGAAGCCCCGAUGGUCGGAUUGAUUACAUGCUUCAGAAUUCUACCUUCGAACAUCCUUAUAUUGCAGUAAUAGGCUCCCACACGUCUUACUGGCGAGAUUUUGACACAGCUUUGUUCAUUCUUAAUCACUUAUAUCGUGAAAUACCACCAGAACCUCCAGAGGGAAGUUGUACCGAUGGAGCAGAUGGUAUGAUAUGUAAAGAUCAAGAGCAAUUGUUGGAUUUUAAGCAUUGAAGGGCAUCGUGUUAAAAUACAUAGAUGGAUUAGUCAAUUUGUGUAUUUUGCUGAAUAGGCAUACUUUGGAAAUGGGUGCUUUGAGAAUCUGUGGAAUUUAGAGAUAGUUCUCUUAUAUUCUUUCCUUUUUCCACAUACAUACUUUAAAAGAGGAUUGUAAAUAUAUGUGUACAUGUAUAUAUGGCUUAGGGCAGUUGGACACUUGGAAUCAACUGGAACAUUAUUGGAUAUUUUGACCUUGUGAUUAUUUACUAUUUGUGCAAAGAAAUGGUCAUGGUUUACGACAUUUGACAUGUAAAGAAAUAUAGAACUCAAGGUGAAGGAGAGAGUGGGGAAAUUGUGCAUUUAUCCGUAUUUAUCUAUUAGUAGUCGUAGCUUUGCCAUGUCCCAAGUUCCGUGGAUAAGGGGUGUGGCUUAUAGGAUAGGGGAUUCUGCCUGAAAUUAUAAUUUGCAUUU